AAACAUUCAAGGACAAAUGUUACUGUUAUAAACCUUUAUGACGGACUGAAAAGUCUUUCUCCAUUAUGGGAACAAAUCCAUGAAUUUGGAAAUUCUGUAUCAAAAAUAAUGAAAGAAAAUCCAGAUGGUAUUCAUAUGAUUGGAUAUUCUCAAGGUGGUUUAAUUGCAAGAGGAAUUAUUUCAACAUUGGACAAUCAUAAUGUAAAUACAUUUAUUUCUCUUAGUUCACCACAGAUGGGACAAUAUGGUGAUACAGAUAUCAUUAAAGUUUGGUUUCGUGAUUUAAUCAAGAAAUAUGCUUAUAAAUUCUUCUAUACAAAUGAAGGACAAUUGAUAUCCAUAGGAAAUUUUUGGAAUGGUAAUUAGUAUUUUUUAUACAUAAGAUUUGCAAAAUAAAAGCUAUUUCUGAAAUGCUAUGAUAAACCUAUAAUUGUUCAUAUUAAUAAGUUAUUGGUAAAAGUAGAUGGUUAAAUUAUUAUACAGGGUAAGCCAAAAAGAUUAUUUCUAUUUUGAAAAAACACUACAUGUUUCAUUGAAGACAUCUCAAUGAACAUGUAACAGUGCAUGUAGAAACUCAAAGUUUUUUGAUCCCUACAGAUGCUCAAUAUGCACACCUUGAGUGACAUAGCAUUUGUCUAUGCAACAAUCUAGUUCCUGCCAAACACAAUUCAGUGUGUCUGCUUGGAUUCCAUCAUAUUGGAAUAUGAAAUUGGGUGGUCUUGUAGCUGUGGCAUCAACCAUUUUGUCAUCAUCCAGAUAAAAUGUGACAGUGAUUUCUGCAAAAAUGAAUGGCUUGUACAUCUUUUCAUGCUAAACAAUUUAGAACUCAUUAAUCUAGGGGUAAUUAUGCAUAUGUUCUGCAUACAUGAGUUUUCAGUUCUCCAAACUUAAAUGUUACAGCAGUACACUUUACUGUUUACAUGAAAGAUGGCUUUACAACUGACACCAACCUGUUUACAAAAGCAUCUGCAGCAAGUCCUGGAAUUGAGUGCAGAAGUCAAGCUGGAUGUUCUGAUCAACUGGUGUUAUGGAAAAAUAAAGCUGCAUUUGGUAUGAUUUUUACACUGUGACCACUUUCUUAUAAUCCUCUAUAUAGUUUUCUGUGGAAUACCAAGUUCAUAACUAUAGAAGUAGGUAGAUUUUUUUUUUGGCCUGCAUUGGAAGGUCUGUUGCAUGUGCUCCAUGUUUUCUUCCAAUAUGGAUGGUUUCCAGUCAAUUUCUUCAUACACAAGCAACCAGAUUCUUGAAACUGUGUAAACCAUGCAUGAGUUGUCUUGCUUGUUGGUAGCUGUUUCACAUAAGUGAUGUGAAAACUAUGCUGAAAGGUAAUAACUAGAGUCAGGAUUUUUGGGUGCUGCACCCACUUGGUUUUUGAAAGGGGCAAAGUGUAAAAAAGACAAACUACAUCAGUUUUAGUGCAGUAGACCCACUCAUUGUCAAAUUGUUUAGCACCCAAAACACAGACCUGUCCCCAAAACAGUGACUAGCACCCAAACUAUAUUUUGCACCCAGCUUUUCCCUUUUUACGUUUUCAAAGAAUAUGCUAACGAUUAUCUUUUUUUAAUUAAUUCACUUGAGGGGGAAAAAUAAAUUCGUUAAACCAUACCAUGUAUGCUGAGGAAAAAAAUAUGAUAAGUAGCUGACUCUCUUCUUUUGUUGAGAGCAAACAACUAAACUUUAAGGUUGUUCUAAGAAUGUAAACAGAUUUACUGAAAAUCUGCAACAUAAUCUGAUAAUCAUAAUUUUAUAUUACAUAAAUUUUUAACAUGUCAAAUAAAAUUGGGAGUAUGAUAUUUACAUAUAUGUAGCAAAAGCAAAUUUGACCUUGCUAAAUUUGUUUUUUUACAAAAAGCUUCAAGUUGUAUUUAGUGCCUUAAAGUCAUUGUACCUGCAAUAAUUUGGCUGAAUGUUAGACAAUCUUCAAGCAAUAUUAGUGAAGGAACAAAGUACAGUUUGAAGGCUUUUUUUUGUGAUGAUGCUUGUUUUCCUAAUUUAUAAUCAGUGUGACAUUGCUUCAUUUAAAAUUUCCUGUAGUUGUAAUCUGUGUAACAUGCACUUUAUUCACAUGUUGAGUCUUACUGACAAAUCUGCUUCCAGUUUUCUUAAGUUUCUUUUAUUUAGAUGCUUUCACUUAGUUUUACUUUUCAAACUGGUUCUAUCAGUUUUUUUUAUAGGAUUUCAAGUAUUUUUCAGUCAUCAAUAACUUUAGCUUUAUAAUAGAAAAAUUUUUAUGAUAUUAUAUUCACUUAACAGUCAUAUGAUAGCCUGCAGUGCAUCAUGUCACAUAAACUAGUUGACUAAUAAUAUGACAAAAUUUUAAAACAUUCAACAAUGAGUUGCCUAAGUUUCCUGACUAUUAAAAAAUAACUUUUCAAAUAAAUAAAAUUUAUAGUGUCAUCUGUUGAGAUUUUGUUGUAAAAACUUUUUAUGAGUUUUGAAAAAAUUGUAAAUGCUAUUGAGUGAAAUCUUCUUAAGUCCAAACCCUCUCAUGAAAUAACACAACACCCUUUUAUCACCUUACUCCCUCAACCUUUACCAUCAAAAUUUAAUAGCAUCAAUUUCUCUUAAACACAAGCUACCAUGCCAAAUUUUAUUUUUUCAUUAUUAUCCCAUCCUGAGAUAUUAAGUGAAUUAGACACCAACAUGUGCAUGCAAAAUUUUUUCAAGUUUUUUACUUUUUUGGGUUUGGGAGGGUUUCGAUCGUGAUUUGAAAAGAAAACUGAGGGUAAAAUUCGGCACAAUU